AUGAGCGAUGCGUUUACUUCAUGGGCAAAUACGACAACUGAAGGUGUGACGACGGUGCCUGGCGAAGUGAGCCCCCAGGACGGUUAUGUGUUACUUCUGGUGCUUCUUUCUAUCUUUAUCGGGGGCACCUUGGUGCUGCUUUUUGGCAUCCUGAUCGUCUGCCGGCGCUGCUGCGAAACGGACCGAAGGCACUCCAGAGCCAGCGAUGACCCAGAAAAAACAAACACAACCUACCUGGAUGACUCACAGCCGGCACAAGACAUCACCAUUAAAGUGGACGACCCCGAAUGCAUGUCCAGCUCCAGCUACCGAGAUGCGGAGAGCGAACGGUUUCUGUCUUCCGGGAGUGCCACGGGGCGGCGGGUGUCUUUUAAUGAAGCUGCCCUUUUUGAGCAGAGCAAGAAAGCGCAGGAGAAAGGAAGGAGGUACACUCUGACCGAGGGUGAUUUCCACCAUUUGAAGAAUGCCCGCCUCAGCCAUCUGCCCCUGCCACCCUCGGCUGCCCUCAAAAUCGUCACCAUCCACGAGUGCGAAUCCAACGAGAACAGCAUGAUGACGACUCCACGCCUCCCACCGGUCAAGCCGAGCCUUGCCAUCUUCCAAUCUGGCAGUGCAGCCAAGGCCGCUAAAGGAGCCCCCACAGCUCCUCCACAGGACCCCACCUCAGCACCUGCCCAGGGCACCGUCCUUCAUUUCCUGACCCGCCUGCGCCGUCACGCUAGCCUGGAAGGAGCAAGUCCCUAUUUCAGGAUCAAGAAGUGGAAACUGGAAACCAGCCAGCGGGCCUCCAGUCUGGACACAAGAGGGUCCCCCAAGCGUCACCAGUUCCAGCGACAGCGAGCCGCGAGUGAAAGCAUGGACCAGGAUCGUGAUCCUCACCAGACAGACAUUAUCCAGUAUAUUGCCCGGACGGACGACGUGGUUUUCCGGCCCGUGGCUGGACCAUUCCUACCUGCUCCGGCCAGUCCAACAUUAUCUCUCGGCAGGUAUUUUUCAGUAGAUAAGUUAGAGUCUUCCGAACCACCCAGUCCCACCCCACCCGAGCCAUCGGAACAGCAGCCCACCCCCCUUUAUCAUGACAUCUGGAGCCUACGGGCAUCGCUAGAAAAGUGUGUUUCAUCAGAGAAGGGCAACGAUCAGGACUCGGCGCCCAGCGACGGUGGGGACAGCGUUUCCUCAAACGGCGGGCUACCAAGUUUCUCCUCCUCCUUGGCUGAUGAGGCUGAAGCCGGAGAGGACAGGUCCUUGGCGAAACCCAAGCAGGAUAGCGUUGAGUUGGAAGCCGGGACCCGUAAACUCUUGCAGAUGGAUAGCGGCUACGCCUCCAUUGAGGCCCCCAGCGGACGAGUAGGAGAAGACCAGACGGCCUCAGAGAAACGUUUCUGCUUCACCAGCGCUGGACGCAAGGCCACCAUCUUUGAGAGCUUUGAGGGACAGGAGCGAGAAGAAGAGGAGGAAGAGGAGGAGGAGGAGGAAGAGGAGGAAGCAGCUGGCGCCGUUGGAGGUCUCCUCCCUUCCAGUCCAUUGCCCUGGGCACCAUACGGGCAGAUGUUCCCCGCACGAGAAUCCUUCUCUCGCCGGGACUACAGCAUCGACGAAAAAACAGACGCCCUUUUCAACGCCUUUGUCCGCCACGACCCCCAAUUCGAUGAAUCUCCCCUGCGGGCCAAACACCGCUCCCGGACCCAUUUGAGGAAGCAGUGGCAGCGUACCAAGCAGUACAGCGACCCCGGCGUUCGCUACCCCACGGCCCUGGAGAGGCACCGGACCCCCUUGCGUCGGGGUGACAGCGUUAACUACCCCCUGGAAGGGCGCUACCAAAGCACCCUGCCCCGCAUUGUCAGCUCCGGGGACGAGGAGGUAGCCUCCCCCGCCACAGAAACAGGAGACAAGAUCCAGGCGAUCGAGGAAGAACCACCGGAGGAGGCCAAAACGGGAUCCAACCUAUACAGCAGGGACUGCCUCGAAGGCGGUCAGUGUCCAAGGCUGGGCACAGAACUUCUGGACAAGAUCGCGGGGGGGCUGGAGGACAUGUUUUUCACCCACUUGAAAAAACCACGAGAGAGUCUAGAGUGUGUGGUGGUGGUGGCCGCCCGGGCUUCCCCUGAUCACAGCCCCGAAUAG